AUGUCAAGGAAUCGUAGAGCAGCGGGAGCAGUACGAGGCCCCUCCUCAGCGCUCACUUCGUUCUUGGCUAACCUCGGUGUCGAGCCAUCACACCGUAUCACCACUUGGGGAGACACUUCCGGUCUCAACGCUAACCCUACUGAUGAUCAACCCACACUUGCUCAUGAUGGCCCCGUGAUCAACCCUCAAGACGAGCUGGAUCCUGCUGGAGCAGUGACUGCUCGUAAUGUAGUCGCUGGUCCCAGUCAAGCAGGUGACGGAACCACUGAACUGCAGAACGAGAAUAAGAAAAGGAAACGAGGUGGUGGUUCUGACGACGAUUCCGAGUACAACGAGCCGGAUGCAAAGAAGACUCGUGCAGCGUCUGUCGAUUCAGAUGACCUGGACGCGGAAGAUCCAUCUCCUGCUCGACCGCGUAAAUCACAACCUCCAAAAGUAACUGAUGAUACUGCCAAGGUUACACCGGGUCCACUCAAGCCGGUCGGUUCGUUUAUGGACUGUGGUGAAUGUACCAAAAGGUUCACGGUGACCGUUUACACCAAAGAGCAUCCAUCUAUCCCAUCAACCUAUCUAUGUGUGAACUGCUGCUAUGCUCUCGGUAUCGAUCCCUUCGCGAAAGUGAAGAAAGCUCCGCAGAAAAAGAAAGUGCCAGGUAAAAAGGAAGAUAGAGCGAAGGUCGUGCAUUAUGAGCAAAAGAAGGGAGUGUCAGCUCUGGGUGAUCUAUGCAUACAAAUCAUCGGCAAAUACAUCGAAGACGUAGAACAGUUGGGUGAUAUCGGUGGGAUCAACAUGGACAAAGUCUGCAAGAUCAUUUCAAAAAGUCGUCGAUUAACUGCCGAAACGGCUCAGCUGUUCUACUCUGCUGAUCGAGAGGACCUGAGCAUGUAUGACUGUACUCGACUUACACCGGAGGCGUUCAUCACAAUAUCGAAACUUUGCCCGAAGCUCCAAUCGUUGAACCUCCAAUUAUGUGGUCAGCUUUCGACAGACGUUGUCACAGCCUGGGGCAAAUCCCUCAAACAGCUCAAGAGAGUAGAGCUUUUCGGACCAUUCUUGGUUCGACGAGAAGGAUGGUUGAAUUUGUUCAAAUCGAUUGGGAAGCGUCUCGAAGGACUACUCGUCACUCAAUCGCCCAGAAUCGACCAUGAAACGAUAGAGGUUCUGGUCAAAUCUUGUCCAAACCUGGCUGAACUCCGACUGGCUGAAAUUGGGCAGCUCAACGAUGACUGUCUUGCUCCUUUACAAUCACUGAAAAAGCUCAAAACCCUUGAUUUGUCGGCUCCUGGUUCCCCAUUGACCGACGAAGCUGUCAUCGCUCUUUUGUCGAAGAUCGGUGGUAAUUUGGAAACGCUCGAUCUCACAGACAAUCCCGAUCUCACUGACGAGAUCCUACCUGCCAUUACUGCUCACUGCCCUCGCCUUCGUCGUCUUUCCCUUCGAAAUGUUGUCGAACUCACCGAUGAAGGUGUCUCGGCGUUCUUUGCUUCGCUGAAGAAACAAAACCGACCAGGUUUAGAAUGGAUCGAUUUGGAGAAAGGUCACGAUCUAAAAGAUAGCUCAUUACACGCGAUCCUCGCGCAUUCUGGAACCACGGUCGAGAAGCUCAACCUGCUCGGCUGGAGAGACGUAACAAACGAUAGUCUGGGAGGAUUAGCUCAGUGCAAACACCUGAAGGAGUUGGACCUGGGUUGGUGUAGGCAAGUGACAGACUUCACCAUAAAAGACAUUUUGGAUGGUUGUAAUGAAAUCGAAUCAAUACGAGUCUGGGGAUGUAAUCAGCUCACAGACGCGAUCCCCCGUAAGAAAGGGGUGCAAGUGAUUGGUGUUGAGAGCCAUUCCAUCUGA